AUGAGCAACGAGACAGUUCCACCGACCGAGCAAGAUCUUAGCCGCUCAGCUUCAGCAAAAGGUACUAAACCACCCGCGCUAGAUACCUCAACUUUCACGAACACUCCCCAUCCACCUAGCUCGUCGACUCAAGCAACCUCUACGGCUCAAAACACAAUCAAUACCGAAGAUUCAGAGACACCAGUCUUAUCGGGGUCACAAAGUGAGAAGGACUACCUUCGAGCAACGGAAGAGGCUCCAGAAGUCCCAAAGAAAAACCGAGGGCUUCUUUACGUUCCAUCAAGAUCUUCCUCUCAAAAGAUUCAGCCAUCUCCGACCUCUACAGGCUUAAGUGGUGUAACUGCGAGUGACCAAAGAGACAGUAUUGGGGACGGAUCGAAAGAGUCGAAGGGCAGCAUUCUGGGGAGGAGACGGGAUGGGAGUGCGACAAGCAGCAAAAUGUCCAUAACCCAGCAAGGCCAAACUGAUGGCUCAACGGGUAACACCAACGUUACGAACUCUGCCCCCACAUCCAAGCAGCCCAAAAAGAAGGGUUUCUUAUCAUUCCUCUGCUGCGGAGUUCCAGACUCUGCCAAUCCUACAGAUCCGAGUGACUCAGUUGUGCCCGCAAACAAGAUUUCAAAGGUGCCUUCUGGACGGCCAACAACAGCUAGCAAACCAGAGCAAGCAACUUCCACUCCCGCUAAUAAUACCCAACCUCAGACGGAGAAGGAAGCGUUGAGGCAAGAUGCAACAAAGUCAGAACCGGAGCAGAAUGGCAGUGAUAUGACUGGGCUAGCCUCAGGGAGAAUUCAGGAUUCUGGAGCAAGCAUACCUGCCGCUGCAAACGGAGAUUUGAACAAGUCAUCUGGUGAUGUACGAGACCAACCAUUACCUGAUCUACCAAAAGAGGUAGAGUCACAUGGUGUUGUCCCAACUGGCGAAGUCAACCCAGCGGUCGUCGUUCAAACUCCAAGCUCGGAAUCAGCCAGUCUUCCUGCACAAGCUCUACCUGCAGAGGAGAAGGAUGCUGAAGGGGAUACGAAAAUGGAGGAUUCGCAACCAGUCCCAGCCGACAAGGAAGAAACCCCAGCUCCAGCACCUCAGAGAGACGAAAUUCCGAAGCCGACAUUACCUCCUCCACCACCAGUGCCUCAAGUUCAAGCCGGUCCAAGCGAAGUUCCCGCAGCCCCUGAAGCUGAGCCGAAGCAGCAAUGGCUUCUUCCGCCGAUUGCACCAAGAUUCAAGGGAAAGAAAUGCUUGGUUCUCGAUCUCGACGAGACUCUGAUUCUUCAUCAAGCCGAUUUCACAAUUCCAGUUGAGAUCGAAGGUCAAUAUCAUAAUGUAUAUGUGAUCAAGCGACCAGGUGUCGAUCAAUUCAUGAAGAGAGUAGGAGAAUUAUAUGAGGUUGUGGUCUUCACAGCUUCAGUAUCAAAGUACGGCGAUCCCCUUCUAGACCAGUUAGAUAUUCAUCACGUGGUACACCACCGAUUAUUCCGCGAAAGUUGUUAUAAUCAUCAGGGCAACUAUGUAAAGGAUCUUUCUCAGGUGGGCCGAGAUCUUCGAGAGACUAUCAUCAUCGACAACUCGCCAACGUCAUACAUCUUCCACCCCCAACAUGCUGUUCCUAUCAGCAGUUGGUUUUCUGACGCCCACGAUAAUGAACUCCUCGACCUGAUACCAGUCCUCGAAGAUUUAGCAGGCUCGCAGGUUCGAGAUGUCAGCCUUGUCCUUGAUGUCGCCCUUUGA